AUGGUGAAAGAGUACAAAUAUCUCUCGAAGGAGCAAGUUGACUUCUUCAUGGAGAAUGGCUACGUCGUCAUCAAGCAGGGUUUCACGAAGGAGAAGGCAGCUGAGUGGACGAAGAACAUGUGGACACGCCUCGGGCUUGACCCGAACGACAAGUCUACCUGGGACCGCGAGCGCAUUCAUAUGCCAUGGCACAAACGCGAAUCUGUCGCAACAUUUGCACCCAAGGCCUGGGAUGCGAUACAAGACCUGCUUGGCGGCGAAGAACGCAUCGAUGAGCAAAGCAGCUCCUGGGGCGACAGUUUCAUCGUGAACCUCGGCACACCCGAGCUCGAGGGGCCCGACAAGCACGUCGCACCCAAGGAACUCGACAACUGGCACGUCGACGGCGACUUCUUCGUGCACUUCCUGGACUCGCCCGAGCAGGCACUGCUCGUGAUCCCACUCUACUCCGAUAUCAAGCCGCGCGGCGGUGGCACGUACAUCUCGCCCGACGGGGUCGACCUCAUCGCGCCAUACCUCGCCGCACACCCCGAGGGCGUGCUGCCCACGGGACUCUCAUUCACGCCAUCGACGAGCACGUGCGCGGAGCCGAAGGACGACCCCCACUACUGGUCGCACCUGAAGGAGAUCAAGCGCUGCACGCGCUUCGUCGAGGUCACGGGCGAGAUCGGUGACGUUGUGCUGAUGCACCCGCUCAUGCUGCACUCGGCGUCAAAGAACCACCUCCGGGAGGCACGCGUCAUCACGAAUCCCCCGGUGUCGCUCCGAGAGCCGUUCAACUUUGCCAGAGAAGACCCGGAGGAGUACAGCCUGGUGGAGCUCAAGACGCUGAAGGCGCUGGGUGUGGAUCGCUUCGAGUUCAAGCCGACCACCGAGAGGCGUCGUGUCACCCCGCGACGCGUGCUAUUGCAGCAGAAAAUGCUUGAGGAAGAGAAGAAGCGGCUGGAGGGAUUGGCGAAGGCUGCGGAUGCCGUGAGCAUCAACAGUGUCAGCGCACUGAUCGCUGUAGCUUGA